UUGUGUAUUUUGUGUUGAGAUUUAGAAAGUUUUUAACAUUCUAUUUACAGUAAUCUAUAAAUAGUAAAAGAGAAGGAAAUCUAAAACACAACUCAUUUGUUCCUUCUGUUCCCAGAUAAAAUUAAAUAUGGAAUUGUCAGGUGAGUUUUGGGGUGUCUUGACUGCAACAAUAACUUUGUGGAGGCGAGAUGUGUAGAUAUGAAGACAUAUAGAUUUAAUUGUAUAAGGGGUUUGAUACACACAUGAUAUGUUUCACUAGAGAUCGCAGCAAUGAUUCUUUUCCCAGGCCUGCUCCACUGCUCUUCACACCUGGAGACCUUGACCAUUGUCAGAUAAGACUGGAGAUGCUUCUUAAAAAUAAUAGCAAUGCUCAUAACUGCGUGUUAUUCUGACUUGCUCGAUUUUCACUUCAGGCAGCCGUUAAUUUUACUGUAUUUUAGAUGGAUCAACUGUUUAUCUGCAAAGAAGAAACAACAGAUGAAUGUCUUGCUGAAGUAUGCUGUGGAGUAAAGCCUGUCGACAGAUACAUUGUGAAGGAUCGCCAUGGGCACAAGGUCUUCAGUGUUCUCGAGGACAGUGAUUGUUGUGACAGGCAGUUCCGUGGAGGUGCACGUCCUUUCAUAAUGAAGGUUACCAACGUCUCAAAUCAAGAGCUUCUCAGACUGGUUCACCCAUCUGUUCACUGCUGCGGGAGCCAUGAGCUGGAAGUUCAGUCUCCGCCAGGCAGUCCCAUCGGAUAUGUUCGACACAACUGCCAUGUUUUCAUGCCGAAAAAAUUCACUCUUGAGAAUGAACGAGGCCAGCCGCAAUUUAGGAUUGAGGGACCGUGUGUAAACUGUGACUGCUGUGAAGAGGACAACUUUGAGCUGAUGACUUUGAAUGAGGAAAACGAGGCAACAUCACACAGAUCAGUUGGAAACAUCAUCAAAUCUUUCUUAGACAGUGGACCAAAUAAAGGGCAGCACUUCGUCCUGAGCUUUCCAAGCAACCUGGAUGUCAAAAUGAAAGUUACUGUACUGGGAGCAUGCAUACUCAUUGUUUCCAAAUAUAACGACAGGAAAUCAAGGAUACCGCUCUGGCUCACCUGCUUAUCUAUGGCAUGCACUUGCUGGAAAAUUUACUAGGCAGGUCUUUGCCCCAUCCAACAAUUUCAGCAAACAUCUCAAUGUGAAUUAAGAAAUAAAAUUUGCAUAUGUAAAGAAUGACAUCUUGGCCAUGCACCUAUGCUAUUGUAACUGAAGUCCUCCCGGUCGUGACUAAAGCAUAUUCAGAGAUAAUAGGUUUGUUUGAUUGGCUGCCGUCUGAAAAAAGCAAUUAAUUCUGGUUAGAACAUUUGUCCGACUUUGAGCUGCAGCUGC